AAGGAUGCCUCCAGAGUUAAGGAGCCCCACCUUUCAGCUGUCAGGCUAGCCGUUUUUAGACCUUCGAUCCUCGAAGCAGGCUACAAGGCAUCAAUAUAUAGCGUAAUGUGAUUAUAUAGAGAUAAAAUGUCUGUCGGUAAUCGGAUACUUCAUAGCCUCAUAAGAUCCUUUUCAAGUUAGCCAAAAAGUAUUCGAGUAGUAAGGAGCAUCAGGAACUCAAAUUCCCAUAAUUGCUUUUCUCAGCCUCAAAUACCCCUUCUCCAAAAAGAAACAACUCCCCAAAAAGCCACGAUCCCUCUCCCCAAAAAAUCAAUCACUUCCCUCCCACCUUCCUAAAAAUGCAUCCCUCCUCCCAUCCUUCCAAAUGGCUACCCGCCUCUCUCCCCGCAUCAGCCGUCGCUAUGGAUCCCUCGCAGCAUUCUUAUUAUUAUUAUUCUCAGUCUGGCUCUGGGUAGCCGUCGACCGACCCUACAAUUUCCCUAGCCACAUCGGAUGGAACAUCUAUUCUAAUUCUCCUCAAUCAGACGUUGUCUCCGAGGAUAUUUUCGAUUACCCACCAGUGCACUCGUCUGCCAUCAAAGCCGUAUGUGCCGCCACACAAUGGAACGAGAGUCUGGUCUUCACUUGCGAUGAUAAUGUGGGAGGAAUUGGGCAUGUUCGGAAUAGCAUCUUGAACUGUGUCCGCUUCUCGAUCGCUGCUGGAGCGGGUCUGGUCUUGCCCAGGAUCAGUGUCAGGAAUGACUCCGAUAUUUCAAUCAUACACACUGGUUCCCUGACAAAUAUGGCAUAUUUAUUCGACACUAGGCAUUUUAUCGACUCGAUCAGCCUUUCUUGUCCGGGCUUGACGUUAUAUCCCGAGUUGGAUGAUUUCAAGAAGAUUAAUAAUGCGAACAAUCCGAUACGCUUGAGUCCGCAGGCGUUGGGUGUCAAGUUUCCGAAGACGGGAAUGGAGGAUCCGAAGAAGUUUGCAACCGCGAUGCCCAAAGCUGGGAUGGACAAGCCGGAGAAAUGGGGAGAGUUGUUUCAUGAGUGGUAUGCGGAUAUUGGAGAGCAGUACCAAUUCAUUGGUACAACGAAGGGACCUAUAUUCAUCGCUUUGUUGCGAUCAUACCUGACAUGGCCAAUUCUAAGUGAUGGGCAGGCAUUCUCGACACAAUUUGGAAAGAUAUUGAAGCUGAGAGCCGAUGCGAGGAGUUUGGCAACAAAGGUGGUGAAGAAUAUGGCAGAGAAGCACAAGUUUGCUGCAAACGUUCAUGCUCCGAUACUAGAGAAUUCUUUUUGGGGUGUCCAUUUGAGGACUGAGAGUGAUGCACUUGAAAGCCUCCCAGAAGUCUCAAAGGACAGACUAUAUCCGACUUAUGCCAUGCAGACAAAGCUCUAUCUCGACUUUAUGACGCAGGAGAGGAACAGUGUGAAUUCAAGCUUGGUAUAUGUCGCUUCAGGCGAUCCAGCACAGGUAGCAAAUUUCUGGAAAGAUGCUAAAGUGAUGAAUUGGACGGUGACCACCAAAGUAGGAUUACUGAGGGGGAAGGAUUUAGCGGAGUUGAACGAUUUGACUUGGGACCAGCAGGCAUUGGUGGAUUUCAUGGUCUUGGCCAAAGCGAGUCGUUUCUUGGGCGUGGGACAUUCUGGCUUCGACUGGGCAUUGACAGGGAGAAGAACAGUUUCGUUGUCGAAUAAGAAUGGGACGAAGAUCGACAGUGCAAGGAAAGAUGACAACAAGGAGAUCAAGAAAGUAGCGGUGGCAGAGGUUGGAGAGAGCGCAUUCUUGAACCAGCUCUUUGGGGCUAAAGGAGAAGUCAAAGCAUACAAAACAUGUUUGUGGCCUUGAGCCUUGAUGGAAAGAUACAAAUAUGUACGUAUCAUCAAGUGGAUAAUUUAUUCGUAUAUCAAUGCAAUGCUUAAGCAGGGCAUGUUUAGACUGCCCGUACUUCAAGUACAUAU